ACUGACGUCGGGUGGGUAGGCGGACUGACUGACGUUGGCGGCGGAUCAGGCGGACUGCGCGGACAGCACGGUACCCCGAGCGAGGACCCGGUUGUCAGGAGCCCGGGCAAGAUGGCGGACGUGCUGAGCGUACUGCGUCAGUACAACACGCUGAAGAAGGAGAUCGUGGUCAAAGGGGACGAGGUCAUCUUCGGGGAGUUCUCCUGGCCCAAGAAUGUCAAGACCAACUACGUGAUCUGGGGGACGGGGAAGGAAGGUCAGCCAAGGGAGUAUUAUACUUUGGAUUCCAUUUUAUUCCUGCUAAACAAUGUUCAUCUUUCUCAUCCUGUGUAUGUGCGGCGCGCUGCAACGGAGAAUAUUCCUGUGGUGCGAAGACCAGACAGAAAGGAUUUACUUAGCUACUUAAAUGGUGAAACAUCAUCAUCUGCGAGCAUAGACAGAAGUGCCCCGCUAGAAAUUGGUUUGCAGCGAUCGACACAAGUUAAAAGGGCAGCUGAAGAAAUAUCAUCAGAAUUUAAAAAACCCAGGAUAGAGGAUGAAGAGCGCGUGCGACUUGACAAAGAGCGCUUGGCAGCUCGGUUGGAAGGCCACAAGGAAGGCAUUGUACAGACAGAGCAGAUCAGGUCAUUAUCAGAGGCCAUGUCUGUGGAAAAGAUUGCUGCUAUUAAGGCCAAGAUUAUGGCAAAGAAACGGUCCACUAUAAAGACGGAUCUGGAUGAUGAUAUUGCAGCUUUGAAACAAAGAAGUUUUGUAGAUUCUGAAGUAGACGUAACCAGAGAUAUUGUCAGUAGAGAGAGGGUAUGGCGGACAAGAACUACCAUUCUCCAAAGCACUGGCAAGAAUUUUUCGAAGAACAUCUUUGCAAUUUUGCAAUCGGUGAAAGCCCGGGAAGAAGGUCGAGCACCAGAACAAAGGCCCCCACAAAACGUAAUGCCUCCGGACCCGGCGCUUCGAAAUAAACAGCCUAUUCCAGCUGCAUACAACAGAUAUGAUCAGGAAAGAUUCGCAAAGAAAGAAGAAACGGAAGGUUUCAAGAUUGACACAAUGGGCACCUACCACGGCAUGACACUGAAAUCUGUGACGGAAGGUGCAUCUGCGAGAAAAGCUCAAACUCCUGCUGUCCAGCCCAUCACACGACCAGUUUCACAAGCAAGACCGCCACCAAAUCAAAAGAAGGGCUCUCGAACUCCUAUCAUUAUCAUUCCUGCAGCUACCACCUCUUUAAUUACCAUGCUGAAUGCAAAGGAUCUUUUACAGGACUUAAAGUUUUUUCCGUCAGACGAGAAGAAAAAGCAAGGGUGCCAGCGAGAGAAUGAGAUUCUAAUCCAACGGAGAAAGGACCAGUUGCAGCCGGGAGGGACUGCCGUCAGUGUUACAGUGCCUUACCGAGUGAUAGACCAACCCCUUAAACUCCUGCCGCAAGACUGGGAUCGUGUUGUGGCAGUCUUUGUACAAGGUGCUGCCUGGCAGUUCAAGGGAUGGCCAUGGUUAUUACCUGAUGGAUCACCUGUGGAUAUCUUCGCAAAAAUCAAGGCAUUCCAUCUCAAGUAUGACGAAAUGCGCCUGGAUCCAAACGUUCAGAAGUGGGACGUGACCGUUCUGGAACUGAGCCACCACAAACGCCAUCUCGACAGAGCUGUUUUGCUUCGUUUCUGGGAGACUCUGGACAGGUACUUGGUGAAGCACAAAUCGCACCUGAGAUUCUAAGCUGCGGGAAGCUGUGGAUUCGCUGCCAUUCAUUUCCCAGAGGUUGCGGAAGAGUUCUGCAAAAGACGCAAAUAUCUUGGGACUAAAAUAUUUCAUCGGCUUGUCUGCCCUUCUCAAGACCAGUGGCAUUACAGUGUGGGUCAGCCUGAAUUGUCUCAUAUACAAUACUUGCUGGAUAUUUUUUUAUUGCAUUGGAGAGUUGAUGUCUGCAACAAUUAAGCAAAAACAAUUGUGCUUACACUACCAGUUUUCCAAUGGUAGAUUGUCUUCUAGUCUGAAAAAUCAAAUUUGUAUUUUAUUCUAUAGUGGUUCUUUUUCAGACGCACUUUUUAAAAAAAAGAUAUUAUCCAAUCCUCCUUUUCCCACCCCCACACCUCCCCCCAAUCUUAUAAAGACAUUUGUUCAGUACAAAACUGCAGAUUGUAUAUCAUCACUGUUAUGUGGGUGCGGGGGGGGGGGGGGGAGGAUUUCGUUCAAACAAUUCUUCUCAGGUAGAAUAAGAGGUAAGACAGCCAUAGAUGACAGGUUGACUUAUUUUUUUUCUGUUUGUGUAAAAAAAUACUACUACAAAAUUAUACAUGUACGAGCAGCUGUAAAGGAUGUUGAACAAUCAUUUUGGUUAUUUGUCAAGAAUUGGGGCCGAAGAAUAAAGACUCAAAGAGGUCCAUUAUUGCUAUUAUGAAGAGAUGAAUUGGAAGCCCUGUUUUAAAGCGUUGCCUAAAAGGACAGGUUUAAAAGGGUCUUUGUCUUUGAACCCGUACUUGGCUUUCUAAGCACAAAUAUGAAACCCCAAUAGUGUAUUUUGAGUUCUGUACCACAAAUUCCUCGUCCACCCAGUGCCAAGGUAGAAAUGAUUAAAAAUUCAGUUGUGCUGCUUGUUGAUGCGAGAUAAAUAUAUGACAUAAAGUGC